AUGGUCGAGACAAGAAGACGAAAAACGACGAGGCUCGCCCUGAGCGUCACAGAUGCUCAGUCGAGCCGCUCAUCCUUCAUCCGCUUGCCCACCGAAGUCCGACUGAUGGUAUACAAAUAUGCCUGGACUCCGACCGUUAACCCUUGGGACUACGCCGUUUUCGCUCAGCGUGAAGGCCGCCCCGUCAGCGACCACAUGAAGCAGAUCCACGUGCUAACCGCUGUCUGCCGUCACAUGCGAUACGAGGUUAUCGCCGAAUACUUCCCCCAAGCGCAAGCCCACAUCACGUAUACCCCUGGCCGCACCGGUUCCUGUGGCAGGAGUGACAUGCGCGUUAUUGCCUCCAUGUGUCACCUCAAAAGCUCCCCCCUCUUCACGGCGCAUCUCCAGCACGUGCGUCUGAACUGGAUCCCCCUCAACACCAACGACGGCUGGCUUGCCUGGGAUUACAUGGUGGACAAUGCCCGCACGCGGCGGUACAAUAUUUCCACGCCCUACGUGCGAGUUAGGAGGGUCGGACCGUUCGCCACGGCCCUGCCCACCCCACUGUACCCCGAUCGAAAGCCCAUCGAGAGCAGAUUCUUCCGCCAGAUAAACACCCUGAACUGGCUGACGAGCCUGAAGAACCUACAGACUCUCGAGAUCACGUUCAUUGAUGCCGUGAAUUAUGAGAGCAUGUGGCCGGUAAACGCGGAACGUAUCGUGCCCUUCUACAACCCUCGGGUCUGGCAGCAGAUGCUGAAGUUGCCCAAGCUGGACUGGAUCAACUUGCGACUGUUCUCCGGCCGCCAGGACGGCUGGGAGAGCUCACCGGAACGGAUGGCGGACCGUGAGAAGGCCAAUGGUUUGGUGAAGGGUCUUUUAAGGGAUUCUCCCGAAAAGCUGAAGAAGGAACGGAAACCGUACAGGAUCGAUAUCAAUGUCGGUGCCGUGAGUUCUGAGAUUCAUCUCUCAGCCAGUGUUUAG